AUGUCAGAGAUAAUGACCAGCUCGAGUCUAUAUAACCCAUCGCCAACAAGUCAUACUCAUGCUCAUGCUCAUGCUCAUGCUGCAGCGGCUUCGGCUUCGGCUUUGGCUGCCGGUGGUGCUACUCACGACUCCCAAAGACAGCGCGAGGUUUGCAAGAAAUGUAACCAAUUAAUUAUUGAAGGACACGCUUAUGAGCUAGGAGAGGACAGAUGGCAUAUUGACUGUUUCAACUGCUCCAAAUGCAAUACUUCGCUAGGAUGUAACUCGAAUUUUUUGGUGUUGGGGAAUGGCAAUUUGAUCUGCUCUAAUUGCUCGUAUAAUUGCAAGCAAUGUGGCAGGAAAAUUGACGAUUUGGCUAUAUUAACAGGCGACCAAGCUUACUGCUCGACUUGUUUCAAGUGUCGCUCGUGUAAAAACAAGAUUGAGGACUUGCGGUAUGCAAGAACCUCAAAGGGGCUAUUUUGUAUGGAUUGUCAUGAAAAGUUGAUGGCAAAGAAGAAAAAGUACGAUGCAAAAAAGAAACAUUUGGCUUUAUUGCAGCAGAAGCAACAACAAUUGGAGAGAGAAAGAGAACGGAAGAGAGAAAGAGAAAGAGAAAGAGAAGCACUGGAACUUCAUAAAAAGUCCGGUGCCAAUAACUCCAAGAAUAAUCUAAUUCAAUCGCUAAACAACCCCGGUAGUUCAAGAAUAAGCAUUUAUGACCAGGAAAACAACUCGGUGUCCUCAAUUAGUUCCAAGACCAAGAAUAAAACAAAGACAUUACCAUUACCUCCCACAAUUAAUGGAGGAGCCAACUAUUCCCAAAAGGAAACCCCAAAUCCAAGUGGAAAUGUUACAACAAUUACGACAUCAUCGUCAUCAUCAUCAUCACCAGCAGCACCAGCAGCACCAUCAGCACCAUCAUCGACAUCUUUAUUACACCCAGCUCACUUUUCUCAAGAAAAAGUUAUGCACAGCACCCCUCAUGCAAGUAAAAAUUCACCGAUUAGUUCAAAUCAUAUCCAGGAUAACCAUGUUUCCAAUCAAGCGGAAAAUGACUUUUUAAUUGAAGAAGUACAAAAUCUUUCAGAUUCAGAUUCAAACGAUGAAGAAAAACACAUUGCAAAUGGAACUACUUUAAGAAACAAACAUUCUCGCACAAGACUGAUGAAUCAAUAUUCAACUCCAACAAUGUCAAUGGACCAAUCAAGUCCAUUAGACUCGACUGAAAUAAGUGACGAACAUACAAUUCAUAUGGAGAUUGUAGGUACACCAUCAGAUGGCGACUAUUCAAGCAAUCAAUCACAACAAGUCAAUCAGUUGAAACCAGCAGCCGACGUCACUCCAAAAGCAGCCCUAAAAAGAGAAGAACAUCAACAACAACAACAACAACAACAACAACAACAACAACAACAUCAUCAUCAACAUCAACAACAACAUCAUCGUCAACAACUGUUGCUGCUGCUGCUGCUGCUGCAACAUGGAGAUGUCAAGAGUAAGAAUCUACUUAUCCUCUCUCCAAAUCAAUACCAUGAUAAUGAAUUUCACAAUACUACAAUAAAAUCACCAAUAGUUGAGACACCGGGUACACUAGUUAGUCGAAGCUCGAGUCUUCAAAGCGUUACUAAUAUAAAACCUCAAACAAUGACAGUUGAGGAGUUUUCAAGGUCAACUUGUAGCUCUCCAUUUGCCAAAGCAAAUAGACAAGCUAGAGUGGUGGAAACCAAUGAUGAUAUCUUGACGGACAUUGGUGAUGGGAGCGAUAUAGUACCACAGAUUGUGAGUACACCGCCACAAAAAGAACCAAACUCCAAAGGAAAUAGCUCGGCAAGCGGCGCCGGAGGACCACCAAUCUCUCUAGCUUCACCACCACCAAAACUACCAUUACCAAGUACACCUGUUAAGAAAAAGGAUCCGUUUGGUGGCUUUGGGUAUAAAUACGACGAGUCAGCACCACAUGGACUAGGAUUAGAAGGAGUUUCAUAUGGAAACUAUGAAAACGAACACGAUUCUAGACUUAACUCGUGGAGACAUGUAGACAAUAGACAUGAAGAUGAAGUCUUUUUUAGACAAUCUCAUAAUAAAACUGGCAUUCCAAUAACAUCACAGAACGUUUUAGGUACACGAAUAAUCGGCAAUAUAACACCAGCAGUAACGAAUUUGGAGCAAGAGCAAGAAUCAUCUUCAUCGCAGCAGCAGCAGCAGCAGCAGCAACAACAACAACAACAACAACUUCCGGCUCUGUCCAAAGAAGGCAGCAACAACAUACUUCGUACCACUUCCUUGAUUCGUAAUUUAAAGCAUAAACGUUCAGUUUCGGGUAGUAACCAAUCUACUAAGUUUGGAUUCUUUAAAUCACCCCGAGAGGAAAGUAAUCCAAAAGCACCAGGGGGACAUUCACGUCACAUCUCUGAUGGGUCAAUUGCAAGUACUGUAUUGAAUAAUUAUUUUGCGCCAGCUCAUUUCAAUGGGACUUCGCCAAAUAGUCAUCACACACGACUGGUUUCGGAUUAUACAACAAUGAUAGGCGAAGGAGAGCAUUAUGAUACGAAAAUGAUGAAACACGAAUUACAAAAAUUGGCAAGUGACAAGGAACUUGUAGAUCAUGAUUUGAAAAGAUUAAAGAAUGAAAAAGUGAAAUUAACCGAGCAAUUGAAAAGCCUACAAUCUAAAAUAACCGAGGAGUCUAUUAGAUAUGAUAAUUUGGUUGCUGAGAUUAGGGAAUUGGAGGUCAAUAAGGUGAAGUUGAUUGAGGGGAACAAAGAGUUAGAGGCCAAUAAGUUCAAGUUAGUUGACGAGAACAAGGAACUAAGUGAAGGGAACAAAGAAUUAGAGUUGAGGAGGUUAGAACGGUCUUCUAGUAUGGACACUGAUCAGUUUGAUACAACUACAGUAACAAAUGCUACUAGUUUUGUAUCGGGAUCACCAAUGAAGGAUCAUAGACAGGAUGAUCAUCGGAAUUAUCAACACCAGCAACAGAAUCAACAGAUGUCACAACAAUAUCAUGGUAACAUCAACCAGCCGGGUUUUUCCUCAACUGCGCAGCCUCAAGCAACUGAGGAUGAGCAAACGCACAAAGCAACAAGGUUGAGAUUUUGGAGGCGACCAAAAGCGGGAACACCUCAAAUUGUCCUUACUAAUAUCAAUGAUAACAACAACAACAACAACAACAACAACAAUAAUAAUAAUAAUAAUAAUAACAAUAAUAAUAAUAACAACGGUAAUAACAACAGUAAUAAUUCAAAUUCAGGUUCAAGUUUGAGAAUUCCAAAUAGUUUUUCAUCACAAGCAUUACGUAUUUCAGCGAACGGUGGUGGUGGCAAUACUACAGGCAACAAUGGUGUGGCGUCAGGAACAAGUAGUGGUGGUAGAUUCACCAAGUCAAUGUCAUCAAACAUUCUUGAUUCCUUCUUGAAUGUAUCUGGAUCUGGGUCUGGAAGUGGUAACGGUAGUGGCAGUGACAAUAACACGAGUUCCUCUGCUGUGCCGUUAUUCAAUUCAACAAUUCAAAAAAGAUCAGAGUAUGAAAAGAGCACAGUCCCAUUUAUAGUCACACGAUGUCUCGAGGAAGUGGAAGCUCGAGGUUUGGAUUACGAAGGUAUUUAUCGAGUUUCAGGAGGUAAUUCAUCCAUUGCAACUAUAGAGAAUUUAUUUGCCAGUUUAAACCCGCAUUCAGUAAACUCGUCGUCUGAUGAGAAGCAAAUGGCAAAAUUAGAAGAUCUUUUAACCAAUGGAGAUAUCAAUGCUGUUACGUCAGCAUUGAAACGAUAUUUACGAAAAUUACCCGAUCCAUUGAUUCCAUUUACGUUUUAUGAUAAUUUCAUUCAAAUUGGGGCAAAUAAUACGAGUGUAGAGUACAAAAUCAGUGAGCUUUCAAGACUCAUGAAGAAACUCCCAUCAGCAAACCAAGCUGUGUUGUUUCAAUUGUGUACUCAUUUACAAAAAGUCAAUAACAUGAAUCAUUUGAAUCGAAUGGGAUAUAAGAAUCUUAGUGUCGUUUUUGCACCUACUUUGGCCAGAGACGAAUUAGGAGAUCGUGAAAUGACUGAUAUGGGGUCUAGGAACGAUGUAACUGAAUUGUUGAUGCGAGAACAAGAAAAGAUCUUUCAAUAA